GUUGAUUGCCAACCGCCAUAAAACUUUACGAAGAAGAACACGAAGGAAGCAGCAGCUGCAGCAGCAGCAGCAGAAGAAGAAGAAGAAUUAUUCAGAUUUGUCUUGUGACCUGCUAAAGAGGAAGCGAUCGAAACAAUUCAGCUGCUCUUCAAGCAGCAUUGAACUGGCCCUCGCCUCCACAUGCACCUCGGGGGGAGCGGCAGCCGAGGUGACUGAUCUUCUUGACGUUCUCCCCUGAUUGUUUGUGGAUCCUAACGACUCGCAGAUUCCACCUCCUUUUUAUCCAUCAUUUUGCAGAGAUGUCUGGUCUGGGCUUGGCAAAGAGAUGGCUACCUGCUCAGCUGAUCCUCAUGUGGACACUGACCAACAUAUCUGAGUCCAGAGUGCAUUUGUUUGCUCCUAUUGCUGUCACACUUGAGGAAUAUUCUAAAGCCAACAUCACCAUUACUUCCAGUUCCCCUGUCAACCAGUCAGCUUUGAUUCAGUUAAAUGUAACCUACAGCUCCAAGUGGAACUACUCAUCUAUAAUCACAGUGCCUGAGCAGGUGUUGCUGCCAGUGGAGGCAACCUCAGUCAGUUUCAAUGUGACAGCCCAUGAUGUCGGUCAGGUGACCACAUACCUGCUUAGCAACAACACAGACCUCAACAGUUGGUCCGUCAGGAUCCGCUUUAUGGUCGUCCAUAGCAGUGUCCUGUCAGUAAUCAGUCAGGUGAUUGGCUGGAUCUACUUUCUGGCCUGGUCGGUGUCCUUCUAUCCACAAGCCUGGGAAAACUGGAGGAGGAAAAGUGUUGUAGGUCUCAACUUUGACUUCCUGGCUCUCAACCUAACUGGCUUCAUUGCUUACAGUGUCUUCAAUAUCGGGCUCUUCUGGGUGCCUUAUAUAAAGGAGGAGUUUCUGAAGAGGAACCCUAAUGGAAUUAACCCUGUCAAUGCUAAUGAUGUCUUCUUCAGUCUCCAUGCUGUCCUGCUCUGUUUGAUCUACAUCAACCAGGCUGCUGUGUAUGAGAGGGGGAGUCAAAAGAUUUCCUGGACGGCCUUGUUCUUGUUGCUGAUUGGCUGGACAUUUGCCUUGGUCAGCUUGUUUCUUGCUGUAGCCAAACAGAUCACCUGGUUGAAUUGCCUCUACUAUUUCUCAUACAUUAAACUAGCAGUCACUCUGAUCAAAUAUGUGCCUCAGGCAUACAUGAACUACAGAAGACAGAGUACUGAGGGGUGGAGUAUUGGCAACGUGUUGCUGGACUUCACGGGUGGAAUCCUCAGUAUUGUACAGAUGAUCUUACAGUCUUACAACAAUGAUGAGUGGAGGCUGAUAUUUGGUGAUCCUACAAAGUUUGGUCUGGGUCUGUUCUCUGUGGUGUUUGACAUCCUCUUCAUGACUCAGCACUACUGUCUCUACAGACAGCCACCACAGUACGAAGCUAUUAGAGAGCAACAAGAAGACUGAUGCUGACUCAGUCCUGUGUGGAUAGACUGUCUUAAAACACAAAGGAGGACACAACCAAUUUCUCAGUCAACUAGAAAGACCACACUGAUUGACCAACUACAGAUUCAAGCUGCUGAAGAGAAACCAUGGUGGUUGUCAUCUUCAACUUUCAUUAUGACAUGUUGCAGAGUUCCCCAGAUCUGGUUUGUCUGAUUUGUAUCCAUCUUUUUUUUUUUUUACCUCUGUAUGAAACUUUUUGGUUGAUAGUAGGUACAAGAAAAACUGAUGUAAUGAUGUAAAUGUAACCACUUCUUAUUAAAUGCAAUAUCACAGCUGAAA